AUGGUGGAUCUGGAGGAGCAGUUGCUGGAUGAGGAAAAGGUGUGCAUAGCAGCAAAAUUUAUCAUCCAUGCCCCUCCAGGAGAAUUUAAUGAGGUAUUUAAUGAUGUUCGGUUACUGCUUAAUAAUGAUAAUCUUCUCAGGGAAGGGGCAGCUCAUGCAUUUGCACAGUAUAACUUGGACCAGUUUACUCCAGUAAAAAUUGAAGGUUAUGAAGAACAGGUAUUAAUAACAGAACAUGGUGAUUUAGGAAAUGGAAAAUUUCUGGAUCCCCAAAAUAGGGUCUCUUUCAAAUUUGAUCAUUUAAGAAAGGAAGCUACUGACCCCAGGUCCUACAAAGGUGAAAAUGCCAUUGAAUCUUGGAGACAUUCAGUGGAAACUGCCAUAAGAGCCUACGUAAAGGAACAUUACCCUAAUGGGGUCUGCACAGUUUAUGGUAAAACUAUAGAUGGACAGCAAACUAUUAUUGCAUGCAUGGAAAGUUCUCGGUUUCAAGCAAAAAUCUUUUGGAAUGGUUGUUGGAGAUCAGAGUGGAAGUUUACAAUUACUCCUUUUACCAUGCAGGUGGUUGGUAUCUUGAAAAUUCAGAUUCACUAUUAUGAAAAUGGUAAUGUUCAACUAGUGAGCCAUAAAGACAUACAAGAAUCUCUAACUGUGUCUAAUGAAAUCCAAACAGCAAAAGAAUUUAUAAAGCUUGUAGAAGUGGCAGAAAAUGAAUAUCAGACUGCCAUCAGUGAGAAUUAUCAGACUAUGUUGGACACUACUUUCAAAGCCUUACGUCGACAGUUGCCAAUUACAUGCGCUAAGAUUGACUGGAAUAAGAUCCUUAGUUACAAAAUUGCAAAAGAGAUGCAGAAUGCUUAA